AUGGAAGACAACAUCAGCACCAGCGCAGGCACGAUCCGCUCCCUACCCCCGAUGCCCACCUUCUCCCUCUCCCAGCCCUCCUCCCCGCGCUCCAGUGCCCUUCCCUCCCCACCAGACAGCCCCAACGGCUCCAUCUCCUCCCUCCCCUCCGUCUCUUCCUCCUUCUUCUUCUCCUCCGCAGCAGCCAGCCCCGGUCCCCACUCCCACCCCCACUCGGACCACGCCCACGAACAUGCAGGCACACACGCUCUCAUCAUCCCCAGCCUCACUCUCCCGCCCGCCCUGCGCAGACCGACCCCCUUCGGCAAGACCCUCGGCGAUGUCCGGCUUAUCGUCCUCGGCCCGGAAGGCGACGAUACGGAGCGGAUGGUCGAGGAGAUGCUGCUGGAGGACAACGAGGACGUCGUCGAGCAUUCGCCGUGGGACCGCGCACAGCACCAGGGCCAGGGAACAAGCGUGCUCAGGGCGUCGACGGACUGGAUCGAGCACACCGAUCCGCACGGGCUCGACAAGUUCGAGCCGGCGCACAAUGUCGAGAUCGUGCGCGUGCUGCCGUGCGAUCGUGCGAGAGAUAUACCAGCCGUCCUCGAAACGACGCUCUCCAUCAUCCACGAGCCCUUCCGCGCGCUCUCCGCGCUCGUCGACCCCGCCUGCCCGCCCUCGGGCCCGCUCGCGGGCCUCCUCGCCUCGCCCGCCUCGCCGCUGCACACCGCGCUCCUCUUCCUCCCCGGCGCGGGCGGCCUCUCGCCGGGGGACGACAGCCUGCUCGAUGCGCUCGCGCCGCACGUCCCUAUCAUAUGUCUCCCACCUGCAUCUGGCUCAUCUGCGCCAUCGACAUCCGCCACCAAGCCGGCUCGCGCGCCCAAGCACCAGCACGCGCACGCGCACGCGCACCUCUCCGCCUUCCAGCCACGCUCCGCACGCGCCCUGCGCACGGGCAUAUUCCGCGCACCAGAGACGAUCGCGGGGCUGCGGUACGAGGCGGCCGAGCGGUUCUUGCGGUGGCGCGAUGUCGAGGGCGCUGUGCGCGCGAUUGGCGCUGCGAAGCGCGCGCGGCGGCUGUCAUCGGUGCGGGUGCCGUCUGCGUGGGAUGUGGAUGAGUCGGAUGCGCAUGAGGGUGCGGGUGCGGGGGGUGCUGGUGAUUUGGGAUUGGAGUCUGGAUUGGGGCCGGGGUCGGGGGCGGGGUCGGGGGCGGGGGCGGGAUCGGCGGUGAUUCGUGCGAGGAAGAGGCGGUCGCUUCCUGUGGGCGCUGGGACUGGCAAGGGUAGAGCGGGUGGUGGGAAGACGUGGGAUAAGGCGCGGUGGGAGGCCGAGUGGGGCGAGAGGCUCUCUGCGGAUGUGGCGAGGCGGCUGCGCGAGGAGGAGGAGGAUAAUUCAAAGACAGCGGAAGCGGAGGCGCGCGAUCAGAGCGAUCAUAACGGGGCCGGAACGGGGGCGGUCAACAAGGCCCCGAGCGCGUCCGAGUCGCCCCGCACGCACCGCUCGCGGCGCUUGAGCACGCACUCUAACUACACCUCCAGUUCUCAACGACCGCCCGCGCAGCGCCCCGCCCGCCGCCGACGCCUCUCGUCCCUCCAAGUCCACACAGACCCCACCAAGAACCCGUCGUCUUCGGCGCCGCAAGUCGACCCGCUGCAUCUCCCCUCGCUGCUGCUCAUGUCGCUGUCCCUGCUCCGCCCGAUGCAGGCGCGGCUCGUGCGUGCUGUGGUUGCGUUUUCGGGGAGGGUGGCGAGGGACGGGUGUGUGCAUGUUGCGCUGCUGGGUGGGUUUUGUGUGGGUGUUGGGGUUGGGGUUGUGGUUGGUGGGGUUGUUAGUGCGGGUGCGGGUGGGGGUGAGUGGUGAGUGAGUGGUGAGUGGUGAGUGAGUGAGUGGUGAGUGAAGGGUGGGUGGACUUUUGUGUGGUGGUGGUUGUGGACUCGAUGUGUUGUAUUAUUCAGUUAUGACUGUAUGACUUGUAUGGGCUUAUUCUAUGCUUUACGACCUCCCUCGCUGAUGCCGAUGCUCCGCAUUCUUUCGAUCGAUAGCGCUUGGCAAGCGCACCAUUUACCUGACCACACUGCUCUACUGACACCUCGAUCAUCGGGUAGUUGGCUGUUGUCUUUCAUUUAUUUUGUUUGUUAGUUUAGGCAUUGUACUCUCCAUCUCCAUGCACGUAU